UAUGAAGGUUUGAGCCAACUCGUUGUUGAACAUGAAGUCUCUAACUAAUCAAUAUUCAAAUAUUCAAAUAUUAAUCAGUAUGAGUAUCUUGGGCUGGUAUAGGUAUAACCACUGCAAGAAACUCGAUAUUCACCACAUGACAAGGAACUUAAUAUUCAUCAAUAUUUGAAUUCUAGUCUAUAGAGAGUUUUUUGAGUGGUAGAUCUAAUGACAGCGAUAUUGUAGUAAUACCACGUGACAGGGAAUCGUUAAUAUUCAUCAAUGUUAAGUUUUAAUACUACGAAAAGCUCCCUAGGACUGGUAGAUCUAAUAAUAGGAUAAGACGUAGUCUUAUACCACGUGACACGGAAUAAUUGAUAUUCAUUAAUAUUUUAAUAUUAAUCAGCAGAUGAUAUCUUCAACGGGCUGGUAGGCCCAACCAUCGUAAGCGGUGGUCUUAUCACGUGACGAGAUUAUCAUAACAAUCAUUGAUAUUCAGACAGAUAAUCGGAAAUAUAUUACUUGCACUCCCACUCCCUUUUGGCACUUUCCCGUCAAAGCAACGACAUGAUGGAUGAGAACGCUCAUCAGCUUAAAUUUGGAGGUUGGUCGCAUUUAAGAAAAAAAAAAGCGCGUUUGAUGGCAUUCCAGCGCCGCUGCCCACGGGCAUAAAAGCACGCCAUUCGCCCAUCACCGACUGGAGUUAGUCUCAGAAGCUUGGCCGUCACGCGCGCACAUUUCUCCGCUACCAAGGAGCGGUCUGUAAUCACCCGUAGCCGCGUUCAAAGUACAGCAUCUAUCAGGCUGGAGUUAUCUCGCCGUACACGGCGUCUCCUCAAUUGAACGACCUACGGAUCAAUCAUUGACCAUUAAUUGAAUUAGUUCGGUUGCUGGUAUAACACAAAGUCCUGUACGCGGCAAUUUCUCUCGUCGGAUGAUGUGCCGUGAGCUGACGGGAGGACACGGUGUAGGAAGCAGGAGUUUCCACCGGUGGAGUUUGUGAUGGUGCGUCAGCGCUUUUGUUGGUGUCUCCUUCAUCAGAACGGAUCGCCGUAGUGCUGUGUGAGAUUGUGGUGUUGUUAAUCUACGCCAAAUAGAAAAAGUGGUCGCCUCGAGUUGUCAGAAUGGGUGUGGAUACUUGAAGACGCUUAGUGAUAUGUUUUUUGUGGUUGGUACAAUGCUCGUUUAAUAAUCUCGUUCAGUACUGGAUAGUGAAUACAUUUUUAGGGAUGUUUGUGAAACAACAUUAACUGGCAAAAUCCUCUAGUCAGACUGCUUCGCGGAAGAUGAAAAUACCAGUCCGUGUUGUGAAAUUCACGGCUCUAAUGGAGAGUGUAAAACAAUGCAGAGCCCGUCUUGGAUUAUCUUAAUCACUCAAAUGAUGUUCUUGGGUCCAAAUACUGCAAACGCUGUCUUUCAGAACUAUUUCGCGAACAGAAGUGACGGCAGAAUGGAGACACCAAUGUGUGACGAUGGUAACACAUUAAACUUCUCCGCUGGGGAGGACGGUCAGCCCAACGCGCUGAUCUAUAACACCUUCGACAGAGUUGUCAUCGUCUGCGUUCUGCCUGUCAUUGUCGCUUUGGGAUUGUUCACCAAUGUGUCGUUCCUCUUCGUCGUCGCCCGUGUGCCUCGCAUGAGGACAGUGACAAACCUGUACCUAGUCCAGCUUGCUGCGUCUGAUCUCUUGUUCCUGGUUCUCACCGAGAUCCAGAAGUUAGUCUACUACAGUGCCUCCCCGCUGACUAUGGACAUGAGCGUGGCGGGCUACGCAGGCAGCGUCGCCCUGUACUUCGUCGUCCAGUUAGUCCACACGGAGACCAUGAUUCUUGUGUCGGUUGUGGCACUGGAGAAGUACUUCGCCAUCUUCAAACCUCUUCAUUUUCGUGCGCACUGGAGUCAGGGGAAUCGUAGCCGGGCGAUCAAGAUGAGUAUAGGCACUUGGGUCUUGUCGGCUGUGGUGGUCAUUACAGUCGGACCAUGGGUUAGUGACUUUCGUCUGACCUGUAUCGUAUGGCCCGAAUACUCGGAGUUCGACGGCAUCCCGGAUCGCAUGUACACCUUGAAGGUCAUAUCUGAGGUAGUGACGACUUAUGAGUUGGUCACAGUACACCAGAGGGAUUCGCUGUGGUACACCAUCACUUUCGUCAUCAUCGCCUCCGCCAAUUCGGUCCUGUUCGUCCGGAUCGUCCGCGCGCUGAAUAUGCGCGUCAUGCCCAUCGGACCACAGAACGCCGUGCUUGAAGCGCGUAUCACGCGGACGCGCAACCAGGUCGCCUGGAUGCUGGUCGUCAAUGGAGUCAUCUUCUUCGUCUUGAUGGCUCCUAGGAAGUUCUACGACCUGGCGAGGACCAUAUCCAUGAAUACUGGUCAUGACUUGCUAGGCUACCGCCCACGGUCGUACAUCUUGAACGCGUUUAGCAUCUUGACGUAUCUAAACUCCGCAGUGAACCCCAUGGUCUACAGUGUCGUCAGUCUUCGGUACCGACGGGCCUUCCGGAGAGCAUUUACUUUCCAACAGAGGAAAACAACAUUUCUUAAUUGAACUUAAAACCGACAGUUGUGUGUUGUUAAUUCUUUGUGUAAUGUUUGUAUCUUAUCUUUUUUAAUCGUGUAAUACAACAAAAAAACAAGUGAACUUUUAAUUUAUCAAUGUAUUUCCGGAAAGAAUUAUUUUUUUUUCGUUACAUAUGUUUACUGAGAAAGUUUUGACUGAGAAAUUGUAUAGCUCCAUACUCUCCUUAUAACAUUGUUGUGGAGUGAAAUUGAGCUGAGAGUCAUCAUCUCUUUCUUCGCGGAUGGUAAAUUGCCGUUAGCCGGCAAAUGGCACACCGCUGAUGGCCCGUUACACUCCUCGUUAACGUUGUGCACGCACGUUUGGUUUACAUACCUAGUGUGGACAUUGUUUUGUUUUCGUGUAAUUAAGAAAAAAACAGUGACAAAACUCUUUUUUCUCAAACUGUGAAAACUCUUUCAACCCAAAUUUGUUUCUAUGAUUCCAUUUAGUGUUUCUUUUCAUUUUGCCACAGAUUAGUCUAACACAAAAAUGCCUUUAAACCUGUUUUCCAGAGAGAGUACCUUGUGUGGACGUGGGCAAGUCCAAACAACGUCGCUGCUACCUGGUUUAUAUAAAUUAUGUGGACAUCAUUUGUUCGGAAGUCCACACAGUGAAUGUAAUGCUAGUCCAAUUUUGUUAGCCCUAUAUAGCUCGGGUAAACCUACCAGACCUAUGGGAAUCAACCUAAAUUACCUGUGAAACAUAAUUUAGCAUGUCCUAUCUCUUCAUCGUUAGUUUGCAUUGUGCUCUGGUCAAAAUUAGGUGUUAUUAUUGUGCUGUUUUUCAUGAUUGGACAAUAUCGGCUUUUGAGAUUGAAAAUGGUGAAAUUCGGUUGUGACUACUUCAAGACAACAUAAGUGUACGUUUAGUUUCUUCGACUUUUAGUAUAUGAACAUACCGAUUUUACGUUAACGUCAUAUGUAUCUUGUAUUUAAAAUUUCGCCAGACUUCGCUUCAUUUUAUUCCCGUCUGCAUUCCAACCAGACAGUUGAAAUUUUAUUCAAUG